AUGGGGCUUAAUCGAGAUGGUAUUCUCAGAUAUAUCGUUGCAAUACAUUUUCUUUGUACAAAUAUGGCUCUGAUAACCGACUGGUUACCAAUGUCGUACAUUUUGAGUCAAGUGACUAUUAUAGUGCUUGGUUUUUGGGCAGUAAUAAAUCGUGACAGUGCUAUUCUAGUUGAACUUUUAAUGUUAGUGGAAUUUUUUUCGAUUAUUCUUGAUGCAAUUGGUAUUGGAAUGCAUUUUCAAAUUGCAAGACGAGCUUAUCUAGUUACUGGUUAUAGCUCUAAUUUUGUUCUUAGUGCUAUAUUUGCUAUAUUUCUUUUGCUACUGAAACCGAUAAUACUUCUAUUAUUAAAUAAAGUCAGACAAGAUCGUCUUGGUGAUGCAGCAUCACCAACAUUCGGAGGUUGGGGUCCUAAUACACCAACUCCUGUCCCGGGAUAUACACCAGUUGACGAACAAACUGCUUAA